GCGAGAUUCUGCCUUUUCUAGCAGGCUCAUGAAAAAGGCAAAAUAGCCUGAGAUGAAGUUGAAUAUCUCUUACCCAGCCACUGGCUGCCAAAAGCUGGUUGAGGUCAACGAUGACCUGAAACUGAGGAACUUCUAUGAGAAGCGUAUUUCUGCUGAGGUGAACGGCGAAUGCCUAGGGGAUGAAUGGAAGGGCUACGUCUUCAGGAUUUCUGGUGGUAAUGACAAACAGGGAUUCCCCAUGAAGCAGGGUGUCUUGACCACUGGCAGAGUCCGCCUGCUGCUGGGUAAAGGCCACACGUGCUUCCGUGCACGCCGCAGUGGUGAGAGAAAGAGGAAGUCUGUCCGUGGAUGCAUUGUUGAUGCUCAGCUCAGUGUGCUAUGCCUGGUUAUCGUCAAGAAGGGUGAGUCAGAUAUCCCUGGGUUGACCGACACCACUAUCCCACGACGACUUGGACCAAAGAGAGCCACCAAGAUCAGGAAGUUGUUCAAUCUGUCCAAGGAAGAUGAUGUACGACAGUAUGUGGUCAGAAGACCACUUGAGGCCAAAGAAGGCAAGAAGCAACAGACCAAGGCCCCCAAGAUCCAGCGUUUAGUGACACCAGUUGUUCUCCAACGUAAGAGGCGAAGGAUGGCUUUGAAGAAGAAACAUACGGCCAAGAAGAGGGAGGCUGCUGCAGAAUAUGCCAAACUUCUCGCUCAAAGGAUGAAAGAGAAGAAGGAGAAGAAGAUGGAGAGGAGGCGGUCAGCCUCUGCAUCAAAGAGCUCCAUCAGCAGAGAGUCAACCUCCAAGAAAUAAAUUAAUAAUGUAAAGUAUGUAAGAAAAUUAAAAAAAGUGAUAAUAUGA